AUGAAAAUUAUAGAAGGCAGAAAACAAAACGUUAAACAUAUCUUAUUAUAUAUAAUAUAUAUAAUGAGGCGGAUAACACAUUGGUUGUUAUUUCCUGGUGAUGGUGGCAGUCAAUUAGAAGCGAAUCUUACCGGCAAGCCAACAGUAGUUCAUUACCUCUGUGCUAAAAAGACUGACGACUAUUUCGAUCUUUGGCUGAAUCUCGAGUUGUUUGUAGUAGUAGUUAUCGACUGUUGGGUGGACAAUAUGAUGUUGGUAUUCAACUCAACGACAGGCUUGUCAUCAAAUAUGCCCGGAGUGGACAUCCGUGUGCCCGGUUUCGGUGAAACAAACACCAUCGAGUGGUUAGACAAAAGCAAGGCUUCUCCUGGACUCUAUUUCUUCACUUUGGUUGAACAGAUGGUAUCAUGGGGUUAUAGUCGUGGAAAGAAUAUCUUGGGUGCGCCAUUCGAUUGGCGAAAAUCUCCGAAUGAACUCUACUUGUACUUCGAUUUACUGAAAACAACUAUCGAGACCACUUAUCGCUAUAGCGGUCACACGAAAGUUAUCACAUUGGGUCACAGUAUGGGUAAUCCGAUCAUGCUGUACUUCUUCAACCAUAUUGUCGAUCAGGACUGGAAGGACAAGUACAUAGAGUCGCACAUUUCGUUGGCUGCACCUUGGGGCGGAUCUGCGCAAAUCGUACGACUUUUCGCAGCCGGAUACAAUAUGAACUACUAUCGCGUGCUCUUGCCGCCAAGCAAACUGAGGGCAAUGCAGAGAUCGUUCACAUCAUCGGCCUUUCUAUUUCCGAGCACGGCCGUAUGGAACCAUACGGAUAUCUUAGCGAGCACAGAUGACAAGAACUAUACGGUAGCCAAUGUGAAGGAGUUCUUCUACGACAUUAAAUAUUCCAUCGGAUGGGAACAAUAUAAAGUAGCUGGUCGGCUGAAUGGUAAUCUCAGCGCUCCUGGUGUCAAGUUGCAUUGCCUGUACGGUAUUGGAAUAGAAACUCCGAAGCAAUUUACUUGGACUAGGGGAUACUUUCCGGAUUAUCCACCCAACGUAUCUAAUGAAGACGGUGAUGGAACUGUGAAUAGAAGGUCAGCAGAGGUUUGCCGGCGGUGGAAUGCGACCAACAAUCAAGGAAAGCCAGUAACGGUUCAUGAAAUCCUUGGUGCUGAACAUAUGGCGAUUCUCCAUAACCCGGUAGCGACGGAAAUCGUUCGCAAAGCCAUCUUUGGUCUGCUAUGA